CCAAUCUCUCUCUCUCUCUCUCUCUCUCUCUCUCUCUCUCUCUCUUUCUCUCAUGGAGCCAGGCAGCAAUUCAAGCAAAUCGGAAGUAGCCUACGAGAGGCUUCCGAUGAUGAGGGUCUACAAAGACGGCCGCGUCGAGAGGCUCUUCGGAAUCGACGUCGUCCCGCCGUCCACCGACCCCGAAACCGGCGUUUCAUCCAAGGACGUCACCAUCGCCGUCACCGCCACCGCCGCUGCCGCCGGAGCCACGGCCACUUCCGAACCCACCUCCCACGUCAUCUCCGCUCGUCUCUUCCUCCCGAAACUCGCCGGCUCCCGAAAACUCCCCCUCCUCAUCUACUUCCACGGCGGAGCGUUCUGCGUCUGCUCCCCGUUCACCGCCGCCUACCACGGCUACCUCAACGCCAUCGUCGCCGAGGCCCAGGUCGUCGCCGUCUCGGUGAACUACAGGAAGGCCCCGGAGCACCCGAUACCGGCGGCUUACGAGGACUCCUGGGCUGCGAUCCAGUGGGCGGCCUCGCACUGCGACGGCGGUGGCCCGGAGGCUUGGUUGAACGAGCACGCUGACUUCGGGAGGGUGUUCUUGUCCGGAGAAAGCGCAGGUGCCAAUAUUGUUCAUAACAUGGCGAUGGCGGCCGGGAAUCCCGAGCUCGGGCUAAACAUACGGCUUCUCGGAGUCGGGCUAGUCCAUCCUUUCUUCUGGGGUUCCGAUCCGAUCGGGGUGGAGGCGCUGCAUCCGGACAGGAGGGCCGAAGUGGACUGGCUAUGGCCUUUGAUCUGCCCGUCCAGGCCGGACGAGGACGAGCCGUGGGUCAACCCGAUGGCCGACGGGGCUCCGAGCUUGGCGGGGCUCGGGUGCGGGAGGGUGCUGGUGUGCGUGGCAGAGAAGGAUGUGUUGAGGGACAGGGGGCGGCUGUACCACGAGGUGUUGGGCCGGUGCGGGUGGAUGGGCGUGGCGGAGAUCAUGGAGACGGAAGGGGAGGGCCACGGGUUCCAUUUGAAUGACUUGGGUGCUGAGAAAGCUAAGGAUUUGAUCCGUCGGCUGGCGGCUUUCCUCAAUAGAGACAUGCCGCCCUUGAUGUCCUCUUAAUCCCGAAAAGUCUCGAACCUAUGUCCCACUCUGUGGAAGAUGUGGCGGAACAUUUUCAUUGACUAAUAAUGAAUUACAUCUUUUGGCGGGCGAUGAGUGACGAAUUAGGAACGAAAGUUGGCAAUUCACAAGGAUAAUUUAGAUGUUGUAACGUGGGUGUUUCCACC